AUGUACCUUCAGGCUGAACAACUACUCUCGGGGUUGGAGGAAACUCCUGAUGAACAAUCGUUGUCGAAGAAGAAGGCGUUGACUCAGCUCGUUGAAGCUGGUGCAUCGGAGCUCGUGAGGCGUGCGAAGUUCGAUGGAGAGACUAUACGGCAGAAGGAGUCAGCCGAAAAACGUAAGGUCCGAGAGGCCAGGAGACGAGCUAGAGAGGAAUGCCUAAUGGGAUGGAGCGUUAUGCAUGCAUCCCCUACACUAACACUUCCCGUGCCCCCAGUGCCUGCCCUCGUCCUCAAAUACGACGGUCUACACGGCGUCAGAGAGCUCGAGAGGCUGCCUAACUAUUGCCAGAAGGCAAGUGCUCAUUCGAUUGUCAACCUAUAG